UAGUAAUCAGUGACGUAGAAGACCAUGCAGUUUUAACACGUAUUACACGAAAACAGCAUUCCUUUGCUCAAAAAUAUAUUGUUAAAAAAAAAAACAAAUCUAUCUAUCUAUUUAGAUAUCCAUUCAUUUUGUAAAAAGUAUUAAGUAUGUUAAUUGGUGCGUGUAAAUGUGAUUUUAAGUGGAUGAACUUAAGGUUUGGUUUUUAAAUAACGUUAAAGUUAAAAUAUACUUUGAACUCUUAAGAACAUGGGUGUACAUUUUUGAUUUUCAAUUGUUAUUUUCGAGUUGCGUUCCAAAUACGAUAUUUUAGUGAAAAUGUUUGACUACGAAUAUUUGAGUCGGGAGCACUUGAAAGGAUUGGAUAAGUACAAGUACAGUGCCAUAGACACAAGUCCACUCAGCAAUUAUGUUAUGCACCCGGCGUGGAACGCCUCCGUUAAGUUCAUACCAAAAUGGAUAGCACCAAACCUACUUACAUUCUUAGGGUUUGUCUGCAUGGUAGUGGACGUCAUAUUGCUAUGGAUCUACGACUAUGGCUACACGGCUUCCGGUGGUCCUGGGGGGGUGGUGAACUACGACCAGAGCGGGAUGCCGCAAUGGGUGUACCCCACCUGUGGGAUACUGCUGUUUCUGGCCUACAACUUGGAUGGGAUCGACGGUAAGCAGGCUCGUCGACUUGGCGUGUCUGGUCCUUUGGGAGAAAUGUUCGACCAUGGACUGGAUUCCUUCAUCGUGUUCCUGAUACCCUACUGUUUGUUCUCGUUGUUUGGCAGGGACCAUGGGUUCUCUGUGCCCAUGUUUAGGGCAUUUCUGCAAGUGAUGAGUAUUGUUUUAAACUUCUACGUAAGUCACGUGGAGAAAUAUACCACUGGGACACUGUAUCUGCCUUGGGGAUACGAUUUUAGUAUGUGGUUCUCAAGCCUCCUGUUCUUCGGACCAUACUUCUUCGGGCCUGGCGUCUACAAGGUCUACGUAUUUGGAGACUUCACCUUAGUAAGAGCUGUGGAGAUAGCCAUACAUUUGACAGGCCUGCUGACCACAUUACCCAUCGCUGUUUAUAACGUCUAUUUAUUCUGCAGGUCUUCUAAAGGCAAAGAUACAACCCUCCUAAGCGUUCUCCGGCCAGUCUGGUCUAUGCUAGUCAUGACGACCCUCAUGAUCACGUGGGCCCUCAAGUCUCCCAACGAUUUGUUGUCGUAUGACCCCAGGGUCUUCGUAUUGCUGUACGGGAUCUUGUUCACUAAUAUCUCUAGUCGCCUGAUAGUGUCCUGCAUGUCAGGUCAGCGUUGCGACCUGGUCUCCUGGCUGAACUUCCCCCUCCUCCUGGUGCUGUGGCUCUCCCUCCAGCUGCCGCGUUUGGAAGUACCUCUUAUGUAUCUGUUCACGGCGUUUGCGCUGGCUGCUCAUAUACAUUACGGUGUUUGUGUUGUACGGCAAAUUUGCAAAUACCAGAAUAUAAGGUGUUUUAUAGUUCCGAAAGAAAAACAAAAGUGAAAAUUACUGUAAAAAGUGAUAGAGGUAGGUGCUGUUAAGAAAUGUAUCAUACCUACUUAGAGUUAAUUUUGCGGUUGUGUGUGUGUAUUUUUUAUAAAUAAAUGUAUUUUUAUAAUA